UUGUUAAGAUAAUAAUUGAUAGAUGUCUGAGUGCAGGGUGAUGUUUGUUAUAGUCACAUUCAGAACCUCUGAACUUAGUUUGCUUGUCAACGCUUCCACAUGGAGGUUCAAAAAGCAGAUCUUUUAUUUUGUCUUUUCCUCUUCUCUGUUUUCCUAACGGACUACACUGAAAGUACAGAAGAUUGUAUGCACUGCAGAGGAGACGACUACAGAGGCAACAUCUCCAUCACUGAGAGUGGACACACCUGCCAACGCUGGGACUCUGAUCCACUAAAUAAAUACACGGCAUCAACAUACCCUGAGAAGAACUUGGAGAAGAACUUCUGCAGGAACCCUGAUGGAGAGCUCAGGCCCUGGUGCUAUUCCACAAAUCCAUCCAAACGCUGGGAGUUCUGCUCUAUUCCCCGAUGUAGAACUGAACCAGCCGCAAUAGUUCCAGAUCACACCUGUAUUACUGGAGAUGGAAGCUCUUACAGGGGAACUGUUUCUGUGACCAAAUCAGGGAAAACUUGCCAGAGUUGGACAUCUCAAACUCCUCACACGCAUGGCAGAACUCCAGACAACUCCCCAUGCAAAGGUCUUGCAGAGAACUACUGCAGGAACCCUGGUAAUGACCGAGCGCCCUGGUGUUUCACCACAGACCCCGAGACCCGCUGGGAAUACUGCAAUGUGUCCAGAUGUCGAGAAAAAGAAUUAACUCAUCAAAAUGAUGGAAUGAUGCAAAUAUUUGGAAUGAUGUUGCCUCACAGCAAGAAGAGACUCUCUAUCCAGUCGUAUACAGCUUUAUAUUGAAACAAUACACCCAAAUACACAAAAAAUAGGUUUUAAUCUACUUUUCUGUUGGCAGAAAACAAAAUGUGUGUAAUAGGGGGUGAACUCGACCAGUUAAAACUACACACCAGCAUCACUAUAAUUAAAAUUGCUGAAAUCCAUCUGUGUAUAUACUUCCAUACAGUCAAAGCGUUUUGAAUCAUAAUUGCUCAAACAAUGUCCAUAAGUGGUUAGUUCUUGGAAACACUGUUUGUUCAUGCAUAUCUCAUUCUCGCUGCAGAGGCGAUCCUGCGUAGGGAAAGCAAAAACGUGCUCGGUCUGGGCAGUAGAAGUGAAGCAGAAUGUAUUGCUAAACUGCCAAGGCUUACUCAGAAAGUCGUUAGAUCUGUCGCUAGUCGCUUUUUGAAAGAUAAGUCGCUAAGGGGUCUGAAGAGUCACCAAAUCUAGCAAAACAGUUGCAAUGGAUGGGUGCCCCGAACCCAAACCCCAAAAUUUCAAUGAAUGAAAAUUAUUUUCUUUUUUUUAGCCUUUUUUUCCAUUGUUGUUUUUAAGAAUAUAUGUUUUUUUAUAAAUAUUUAUUUUUAUCUUUCAUUUAUUAAACUUUGUGUAAAAAAAUGUGUUCCCGAUUUUCAUGUCACUACCGAUACAGUGUAUGUUUAAGUCCAUUUGCUGGGACUGAUUUUAGCCACACCCCAACAUUCUUAUCUCGAAUCACUAUUGUGUCCCUCUCUUUUAUAACUAUGUGGUUAGUAGACCGGUCUUAUCACUUUUAAGUAAACAGGCUAAAAAUCAGUGUGUAACUUUAAGGAACGUCUUUUUUCUGCAAUUAAGCAAACUUUAUUGUCCGUUAUUCCAUAAAAUUUAAUUCUUAUGUGUGUA